UCCAAUAUCUCAUUAUCUCUAAAAAAUAAUUCACUAAUCGUGAUAAUUAGUGACCCUUUUUGAGUAAAAGCUCUUAAUGAUUGUAGGCAAGAUUUGAUGAAGUUGGGGUCCAUUAAUUUUGAAGUUUAGACAGCAACAUGAGAAAAAUAUCUCCGUCCACAAUUUCCUUAAAUACUGUCACUUAAUUUGGUUUUACCACCAAAUCGCAAUGCCAUUCGUUGUUGUUGCAUUGCCUUCUUGUUGGCGCUGUUAAGGAUAAAAAGAUUCUAUUUUUCUUGCUAUUUCGGUUCAGUAUCUUUACGCGUCUUGUAAUUAUUUACCGUCUUUUCUAAACAACGUUUUACCCACCCUGCUUUUUUUGUGGGUCAGCUCUCCUUCAAAAUUCUUGAUUUUUUGAGGUUUAGCUUGGUGGGUUUGCUUCGAUUAUUGGGCGCAAAUGGGUUGGAAGAUUUCUUUUUGUCCCAACACGAAUCUCCGGACAAUGUUUCAGGUUAGGCCAAGUCAGAUUGAGCUAGAAUGUCAACACACUAUUAGGUCUCACGGGAGGAAACUUGCUGGAGACCACAAGCACGACUGGCUGAUUUUGUUGCUACUUGUGGUCAUAGAGAUCAUUCUGAAUGUCAUCAACCCAUUCUAUAGGUUCGUUGGAGAAGGCAUGAUGGAAGAUCUCAAGUAUCCGAUGAAGGAAAACACUGUACCCGUUUGGGCAGUUCCUCUGUAUGCAGUUUUGCUGCCUAUGACCGUGUUCUUUCUCUACUACCUUCGGAGAAAUGAUGUGUAUGAUCUGCACCAUAGCGUGCUAGGGCUGCUAUUCUCUGUAUUGAUAACGGGAGUUCUCACGGAUGCCAUAAAAGAUGCAGUUGGCAGGCCCCGACCGGACUUUUUCUGGCGUUGUUUUCCUGAUGGACGUGAUGUGUACGAUCGUUGGGGCAAUGUGGUGUGCCAUGGAAAACCGGGUGACAUAAAAGAAGGGCACAAGAGUUUCCCGAGCGGUCACACUUCAUGGUCGUUUGCAGGUCUAGGUUUUCUGGCCUUGUACAUGUCAGGAAAAAUCAAAUGCUUUGAUCGCAGGGGGCACGUGGCAAAGCUGUGCAUCAUGUUCCUCCCUAUCCUCGCUGCCUGUCUUGUUGGUGUUUCUCGUGUGGACGACUACUGGCAUCAUUGGCAAGACGUGUUUGCCGGCGGCAUCCUAGGACUCGUAGUUGCUACCUUUUGCUACCUGCAGUUUUUCCCACCUCCAUACCAGAAUGAAGGAUGGGGUCCUUAUGCUUAUUUCCGCGCUGUGGAGGAUCUUCGUUCCAUUUCUCUACCGCCAGAUGCGAUGACAAUGCUAGGAACGAACCAGCAACGAGUAGCAACGAGCGUCGUUAGUUCCAAUCUUGACUCAGCCUUUGAUGCCAUGGAGUCAGGAAGAAAGUAGUAGAAUUACUUUAUCAACUCUUCUAGCUUUGUAUCAAAUUUCUUUUUCUUUGUUUACCCUUUCUUUUUUAUAAAUCAUCUUAACCAAAAGCGUGGUUUAUCAUCAA